CCCAAAUGCCGCUUACGUACUAUUCCCUGCACCUAAGUUUCCCUCUCGCACCUAUAUAUACCACUCCUUUCCUCUCCCACUUACCGACCACUGUACUGAAUCUUUAAGCCUCUCAACGUGUUUUUUAUAUAUAUUUUGAAAAUCUUUUACGCCUUAAAAGGAUCUACGAUAAUUAAAAAAAAAUGGCAACGGAAUGCAUUGCAACGGUCCCUCAAAUAUUCAGUGAAAACAAAACCAAAGAGGAUUCUUCGAUCUUCGAUGCAAAGCUCCUUAAUCAGCACUCGCACCACAUACCUCAACAGUUCGUAUGGCCCGACCACGAGAAACCUUCUACGGAUGUUCAACCUCUCCAAGUCCCACUCAUAGACCUAGCCGGUUUCCUCUCCGGCGACUCGUGCUUGGCAUCGGAGGCUACUAGACUCGUCUCAAAGGCUGCAACGAAACAUGGCUUCUUCCUAAUCACUAACCAUGGUGUCGAUGAGAGCCUCUUGUCUCGUGCCUAUCUGCAUAUGGACUCUUUCUUUAAGGCCCCGGCUUGUGAGAAGCAGAAGGCUCAGAGGAAGUGGGGUGAGAGCUCCGGUUACGCUAGUAGUUUCGUCGGGAGAUUCUCCUCAAAGCUCCCGUGGAAGGAGACUCUGUCGUUUAAGUUCUCUCCCGAGGAGAAGAUCCAUUCCCAAACCGUUAAAGACUUUGUUUCUAAGAAAAUGGGCGAUGGAUACGAAGAUUUCGGGAAGGUUUAUCAAGAAUACGCGGAGGCCAUGAACACUCUCUCACUAAAGAUCAUGGAGCUUCUUGGAAUGAGUCUUGGGGUCGAGAGGAGAUAUUUUAAAGAGUUUUUCGAAGACAGCGAUUCAAUAUUCCGGUUGAAUUACUACCCGCAGUGCAAGCAACCGGAGCUUGCACUAGGGACAGGACCCCACUGCGACCCAACAUCUCUAACCAUACUUCAUCAAGACCAAGUUGGCGGUCUGCAAGUUUUCGUGGACAACAAAUGGCAAUCCAUUCCUCCUAACCCUCACGCUUUCGUGGUGAACAUAGGCGACACCUUCAUGGCUCUAACGAAUGGAAGAUACAAGAGUUGUUUGCAUCGGGCGGUGGUGAACAGCGAGAGAGAAAGGAAGACGUUUGCAUUCUUCCUAUGUCCGAAAGGGGAAAAAGUGGUGAAGCCACCAGAAGAACUAGUAAACGGAGUGAAGUCUGGUGAAAGAAAGUAUCCUGAUUUUACGUGGUCUAUGUUUCUUGAGUUCACACAGAAGCAUUAUAGGGCAGACAUGAACACUCUUGACGAGUUCUCAAUUUGGCUUAAGAACAGAAGAAGUUUCUAAAAUUGAGGAGACAAUGUUGUGGUCCAGAAGGUCACUUGUAGUUAUGUAUAGAGCUUUCACUGUUUUUCUUAAGAUGUUCAAGACUUGUUAAGGAUCGGAGACUUUUUUGUUCUUUUAUUAUCUUGCUCUAGGUUGUCUGGUGUUAAAUAAAAGUAGCAAAAAAAUAAAAAUAUAUGUACUCCAUUGGGUCUACUUAUGAUUUGUUUCGAAAUGGUUUUUUUAUAGUCUCUAAUGUUAAAUUUAUGUCACUAUUACUAUUAUUAAAUGAAGUUUAUCAAGUAC